AUGUGCGGGCCUACCAUCACCACCGUGCCCUUGCACGUCCGCCUUGAUCGUGAUAUUCUGGUCAUCGAAUUCCUACAACGGCUGCAGCAACAGGCCGCCGACAUGAUCGCGUACGAGCACACUGGGCUGCAGCGAAUCCGGCAGCUGAGUGCCGAGGCCCAGGCCGCCUGUGAUUUCCAGGAUCUGCUCGUCAUUCACGCUGGUGGAGAAGAGGAGAUCCCUGAAUCGACCAUUGGACUGCAACGCAAAGAGCUGGCAGGUCCGGACCAGGCCGGGGAUACUGGAUUCCACACGUACAGUUUGGUCUUGGAAUGCGUUGCCCACAGGGGCCAUGUCGACGUGACCGCGGACUACGACGAGACGACUCUGCCUCCAGCGCAGAUGAUCCAUGUCCUGCAUCAGUUCGAGCAUGUCCUGCAGCAGCUGCACAACGUGCAACAGAACGACACAUGCACGCUUUCCGAGAUCAGCCUCAUCAGCACGUAUGAUCUCCAGCAGAUCGAGACCUGGAAUGCAGGCAGCCUCGCCCCGCGGGAGGCCCUGGUCCACCACCUCUUUGAGCGUCAAUCCCAGGCUUCUCCCGACGCACCUGCCAUUUGCGCGUGGGACGGGGACUGCACUUACGCAGAGCUAGAUGCCUUAGCCACGCAGCUCGCUCUGCAGCUGGUAGGCAAGGGAAUCGGUGCUGAGGCCAUUGUGCCUGUGUGCUUUGACAAGUCGAUGUGGGCGAUUGUCGGCAUGCUGGCGAUCCUCAAGGCCGGCGGUGCCUGCGUGGCCCUCGACCCUUCGCACCCUCUGAGCCGCAGAGAGACCAUUAUCCACGACACCGGGGCACGCAUUGUCCUCGCCGGGUCGGAGAGCAUUGCACAAGAAAUGCGCCCGCUCGUCGAAGAGUGCAUUGUAAUCGAUCGGGAAGCGUGCAGCAAGCAGCCUUCCUUCACCGGGUCGAUGUUGACUACCCUCCAACGCAUGAAGCCGGCAUCGCCAGAAAAUGCAGCCUUCCUGAUCUAUACGUCUGGAAGCACGGGCACACCAAAGGGCGUUGUCCUCGAACAUUCGAAUGUGGCGUCUAGCAUGGCCGCCCACGGCCCUGCGCUCGGCUUUCAACCCGGUGUGCGCGUUCUUCAAUUCGCCUCGUACACCUUCGAUAUCAGCAUCCAAGACAUCUUCACGACGUUGACCAACGGUGGGUGCGUGUGCGUGGUCGGUGAGGACCAGCGCUUCAACGACCUCGCCGGUGCAGUCAACCAGAUGGGUGUGACGUCCGCCUGCCUGACCCCGACAGUAGCACAGCUGCUGAAUCCACGAAACGUGCCGACGCUGAAAUCGCUAACUCUCGCCGGAGAGGCCGUCACCGAGAAGGUUCGCCGGAUCUGGAGCUCCACCGAAGCUGCCCUGGAUCGCUUCAGCAACUGCUAUGGCCCAGCCGAGAGCACGAUCUACUGCUCGUGGAACGGACAAGUUGACAAUCCAGAGCGGCGCCCGUCCAACAUCGGCAAAGGAUUAUCUAGUCGUCUCUGGAUCGUCGAGCCUGACAACGUCCACAAACUGGCUGCCGUUGGCUGUGUGGGAGAGCUGGUCAUUGAGGGCCCUCUCCUUGCUCGCGGCUACCUAAACGACCCUGCAAAGACCGCUGAGCGCUUCACCCUCGACCCCGACUGGGCCUCGAGCAGAGAACCAGGCGCAAUGGCGAGACGCAUGUACAAGACCGGCGAUCUCGUUCGAUACAAUCCGGCCGACGGGACAAUCGACUAUCUCGGUCGCAACGACAGCCAGGUCAAGGUCAACGGGCAGCGAGUCGAAAUGGGCGAGAUCGAGCAUCACCUCCUCUCCGGGGACGAGGUGCAGGAUGGCGCCGUCUUGCUGCCCACUGCUGGGGUCGCCAAGGGUCGUCUGGUCGCGAUUGUCUCCCUCAGAGCCGCCACUGCGAUGGCGGAUGUGACCGAUUUGAGCCUCUCUCCGCUGCCCCAUAGUGACAGCCGCCUGAUCCAGCAACAGCUCGGGCUUGUUCGUUCAACGAUUGCAGAUGCCCUCCCCGGGUAUAUGGUGCCCUCCGCGUGGCUGGUGGUGCAGCGCCUGCCUCUGAACCGCUCCGGCAAGUACGAUCGCCCUCGCCUGAUGCAGUGGCUGGCCGAGAUGGAAGGCCAGACCUUUGAAGCCGCCGUGAGCGUAGCCGAGGAGGAGAUUGACCACGUGGUGCCUCGCACCCUGGUCGAGGAGCAACUGCAGACGAGCGUGUCGGAGAUACUGAACAAGCCCACAGACCUCAUCGCCAUCAAUAAGCCGUUCGUUGCCCUGGGAGGAGACUCUAUCACCGCGAUGCAACUCACCGCACACCUGCGCAGUCAAGGGUGGAUGGUCUCCGUCAAGCAGAUCCUGCAAGCGCGCUCAAUGACGGAUCUGGGUCACAGCAUUCGUCCUGCUAGGGAGCUGUCCAUCGCCCACGUGAGCCAGGCGGACGCCAUCAACACCCCCUUCAGUCUGUCGCCCAUGCAGCAGUUUUACUUUGAGCUCUCGCGCGGUCAGCCCACGCACUUCAACCAGAGCUUCCUUCUACGCCUCCGGGAGCCCCUUGCGAGCGGCCAUAUCGAGGAUGCCGUGCGCAGGGUGGUCAAGAUGCAUUCGAUGCUCCGCGCCCGAUUCCAAUCGGCCACAGACGUGGUGGGUGGGUGGCACCAGCUCGUGACAGCCCAACCCCACGCAUAUACUCACUACAGGGCACAGACAAGGGAAGAAAUGAACCAGAUCAUCACUCGGACACAGACGAGUAUCGAUAUCCGCCAGGGGCCAGUCUUCGCGGUCAAUGGAUUCGAGUUCGAGGGCGCACAGGUGCUGUUCAUGGUCGCGCACCAUCUGGUCAUCGAUCUCGUCUCCUGGCGCAUUAUUCUGCAAGACCUGGAGGCUCUUCUUGCUCACCGUGAACCGCCUUCAGCCUUGUCCCCCAGCCUCUCCUUCCAGCCGUGGCUCCGUGCACAAGAGGCCUAUGCCCGUCGCUCAUUGACGCACCCCGAGAAGGUCCUGCCGCGUGCGAUUGCGGUGUCAGACGUCGCCUUCUGGGGUCUUGAAGAGGGGGCGAACUUGCAUGCGACUGCCACACACCGGCACUUCACGCUGAACAAGGCUGCCAGCGCCGCUUUGCUGGAACCUGCUGUCCACAGGGCCUUGCGCACUGACACGAGCGAUGUUCUGCUCGCCUCGCUCCUGCUAUCCUUCCACAAGGUCUUUGGCAGUCUGCGCGAGAUGCCUGCCGUGUUCAGUGAGAGUCACGGGCGUGAACCCUGGGACGACUCGAUCGACCUUUCGACCACCGUCGGCUGGUUCACCACCCUGAUGCCGCUGUACGUGGCGGCCAGCGAGAUGACCAGCCCAGUCGACCUGGUCCGCCUUGUCAAGGAUCGCCGCCGAUCGACUCCGGCCAACGGCUGGGAAUACUUCACUGCCCGGUCCUUGACGCCGGAGGGACAGGCCGCCUUUGCCGGGCACAGCCAGAUGGAGCUGCUGUUCAACUUCCAGGGCCAGUACCAGCAGUUGGAAAGCGCCGAGAGCCUACUUCAACCCGAGGCCCGCGAUGGACUCGAUAUCGCCGAUAUUGGCCCUGCGACCCCCCGCAUGGCCGUCAUUGAAGUCUCCUCGAUGGUUGUGCAGCAGCUGGUUGCCUUUGAUUUCACAUUCCCUGCCAACUGCCUGCACCAGGACACGAUCGAGCAAUGGACGGCCGAGUUUGCACGAUCGACACAGGAAGUAAGCAGCCUUCUCCUUGCGACACUCCCUCGUCCCACCCGGAGCGACUUUCCUCUCCUGCCCCUGCCGUACGAGGGCCUCGAUCGUCUCGCUCAGCAGCAGUCCCUUUUCAGGCAGCACGGCGACGACUCAGUCAAUGCUAUCGAGGACAUUUAUCCUUGCUCGCCCGUCCAGCAAGGUCUGCUUCUGGCGCAGCGCCUCACACCGGGUGCGUAUGAAGUAAGAUUCACCUUUGAAGUCGCACCCCAAAUAUCAGGAGCCCCAGUCGAUGUCGAGCAGCUGUUCGCCGCCUGGCAACACGUGGUCGACCGUCACGCUGCACUGCGAACCUUCUUUAUCGACGGGGUGUCCGAAGGCAACAUGUUUGACCAGGUCGUCCUGCGUCAAGUGCAAGCGCCCACCACGCUCCUCCACUGCGUCGACCGUCCUGACAUGCUGAGGAGGCUCGCAGCGCUACCGACCACUGCCAAAGACCCGGCCAGUCCAGCACACCGUCUGAUCGUCUUCAAGGGAAUGGACGGCGAGGUCUACUGCAGUUUCGAGAUCAAUCAUGCGCUCAUCGACGCUGUAUCCAUGGGUCUUAUCUUGCGUGACGUGAGCCACGCCUAUGCUCGCCAGCUGCCCCGUGCACGCGGCCCACUGUACAGCAGCUACAUUGGCUAUCUCCAAUCUGCGGGUGCAGACACCGCGAUCGAGCACUGGACCACCCACCUCAAGGGCAUCGAGCCAUGCCAUUUCCCUCUGUCCCACGAGCACUCCGAGGGCCGUGAGCUACGGCGAGCGGAUAUCCAGGUGCAGGUGUCUGGCUCGCAGAUGCAGCAGAUCUCGCAGGCAACUGCAGUGACCGUCGCCAGCGUGCUCAAGACAGCCUGGGGGCUGGUCCUGCGGGCGUUUGUGCGCCAGGACGACAUUUGCUUCGGCUCGCUGGCAUCUGGGCGAGAUGUGGCGCUGCAGGACAUCAACGAAACUGUCGGCCCUUUCAUCAACAUGCUCGUUGCCCGGAUGGUUGUCGAUCCGGCCAUGAGCAUCGCCGGCCUUUUGCGCCAGGUCCACGCGGACCACCUUCGUGCCAUGGAGUACCAGCACUGCUCGCUGGCCGACAUCCAGCACCGGCUGAAUCUCGGAGGCCGGGCCUUGUUCAACACUAUGAUGUCCAUCCAGCGCAGCUCAGCGCAGAGCGUUGCCGAUAUGGCUCUUCACUUUGAGGCUCUGAGCUCGCAUGAUCCCACCGAGGUGAGCUAUAGCAUUUCUUCUUGUCUCUCCUUUAUCUCCACUUUGAGCUUCAUUUUGCUGACUCUAUAUAGUACGACAUUACAUUACACAGUGAAGUGA